CGCUCGGAGCCCGAGUCCGCGGGAAGAUGGCUGCCCCGCUCAUCCCCCUCGCCCAGCAGAUUCCCACUGGAAAUCCAUUAUAUGAAUCUUAUUAUAAGCAGGUAGAUCCAGCAUACACAGGCCGAGUUGGGGCUAGUGAAGCUGCGCUUUUUCUGAAGAAGUCUGGACUCUCAGACAUUAUUCUUGGGAAGAUAUGGGACUUGGCUGACCCAGAAGGUAAAGGGUUCUUGGACAAACAGGGUUUCUAUGUUGCACUGAGACUAGUGGCCUGUGCACAGAGUGGCCAUGAAGUUACCUUGAGCAAUCUGAAUUUGAAUAUGCCGCCGCCUAAAUUCCACGACACUAGCAGCCCUUUGAUGGUCACACCGCCAUCUGCAGAGUCCCAUUGGGCUGUGAGGGUGGAAGAAAAGGCCAAAUUUGAUGGAAUCUUUGAAAGUCUCCUUCCCAUAAAUGGUUUGCUUUCUGGAGACAAAGUCAAGCCAGUCCUCAUGAACUCCAAGCUGCCUCUUGACGUCCUGGGCAGGGUCUGGGACCUGAGUGACAUCGACAAGGAUGGACACCUGGACAGAGAUGAGUUUGCUGUGGCGAUGCACUUGGUAUACCGAGCCCUUGAGAAGGAGCCUGUGCCCUCCGUCCUGCCCCCAUCUCUCAUCCCCCCCUCGAAAAGAAAGAAGACAGUGUUUGCGGGUGCCGUGCCUGUCCUGCCUGCCAGCCCACCACCAAAGGACAGCCUGCGCUCCACGCCUUCCCAUGGCAGCGUCAGCAGCUUAAAUAGCACUGGAAGCUUGUCUCCCAAGCACAGUAUCAAACAGACACAGCCAACAGUGAACUGGGUGGUGCCAGUAGCAGACAAAAUGCGCUUUGAUGAGAUAUUUCUGAAGACUGACCUGGACCUAGAUGGCUAUGUGAGUGGCCAGGAGGUGAAGGAGAUCUUCAUGCACUCAGGCCUCACCCAGAACCUUCUAGCGCACAUAUGGGCUCUGGCCGAUACCAGGCAAAUGGGGAAAUUAAGCAAAGACCAGUUCGCAUUAGCCAUGUACUUCAUUCAGCAGAAGGUCAGUAAAGGCAUCGACCCCCCUCAAGUCCUGUCACCGGAAAUGGUCCCACCCUCAGAGAGGGGCACGCCCAUCCCGGACAGCUCUAGUUCCCUGGGCUCAGGGGAGUUCACUGGUGUGAAGGAGCUGGAUGAUAUCAGCCAGGAGGUCGCCCAGUUACAGAGAGAGAAAUACUCACUGGAACAAGACAUCAGAGAGAAAGAAGAGGCCAUCAGACAAAAAACCAACGAAGUUCAGGAAUUACAAAAUGAUCUAGACCGGGAAACAAGCAGUUUACAAGAGCUGGAAGCUCAGAAACAGGAUGCACAAGACCGCCUGGAUGAAAUGGACCAGCAGAAGGCCAAACUCCGUGACAUGCUCAGUGACGUCAGGCAGAAGUGCCAGGACGAGACCCAGAUGAUCUCCUCAUUGAAGACCCAGAUCCAGUCUCAGGAAUCUGACCUCAAGUCCCAGGAAGAUGACCUAAACCGGGCGAAAUCAGAGCUGAACCGGCUGCAGCAGGAGGAGACACAACUGGAGCAGAGCAUUCAGGCUGGGAAGGUCCAACUGGAAACCAUCAUCAAGUCCCUCAAGUCCACACAAGAUGAAAUCAACCAGGCAAGAAGCAAACUCUCCCAGCUGCACGACAGCCACCAGGAAGCCCAGGAGCAGUUUGAACAGGCACUUGACGGGGCCCGAGGUGCCAGCCUGACCAACCUAGCUGACCUGAGCGAGGGCGUCUCCUUGACAGACAGGGUCGGUUUUGGAGCCAUGGUAAAGGAUGAUCCUUUCAAAAAUAAAGCCUUGUUAUUUAGCAACAAUGCACAAGAAAUGCAUCCAGAUCCCUUCCAAGCUGAAGAUCCCUUCAAAUCUGACCCAUUUAAAGGAGCUGAUCCUUUCAAAGGUGACCCGUUCCAGAGUGACCCUUUUGCAGAGCAACAAACAGCUUCAGCAGAUCCAUUUGGAGGGGAUCCUUUCAAAGAAAGUGAUCCAUUCCGAGGCUCUGCCCCUGACGACUUCUUUAAGAAACAGACAAAGAAUGACCCGUUUACCUCAGACCCAUUCACGAAAAACCCGUCCUUACCUUCGAAGCUCGACCCCUUUGAAUCCAGUGAUCCUUUCUCAUCCUCCAGUGUCUCCUCAAAAGGAUCAGGUCCCUUCGGAACAUUAGACCCCUUCGGAAGUGGGUCCUUCAGUAGUGCCGAGGGCUUUGCUGACUUCAGCCAGAUGUCCAAGCCCCCAACUUCUGGCCCUUUCACCUCCUCCUUUGGAGGGGCAGGAUUCUCAGAGGACCCCUUUAAAAGUAAACAGGACACUCCCGCUCUGCCUCCGAAGAAGCCUGCUCCUCCGCGGCCUAAACUGCCCAGUGGUUGGGUGGUGGCACAGAUAUCUAGGAAUGGUGAUGCCCAACAUGGCCAGGUAUGGCACUGGUCAAAUGUUACACCAAGUCUUUAUUUUUAUCGUUUUUUGUUUGCUACUCUCACACUUUUCAUUUAAGUGCUUUCCUUCCUGGAAGGACUUUGAGUCUUGAAAAGGAAAAGACUGCAGUGAGUUUGCCUGGGGGCACAGAGUAGGCAGAUUAGAGUUUACUUUGUCAUGUUAUAAGAUAAACUAUGUCUCCAGAAAUCAGAAAAGCGACUAAGGAGUUAGCAGAAGUGGUUACAUAAAAGCAGGAACUAGACCCAGAAUGUUUCUAAAAUACAGCUGCUCUAAAAAUAAAGGGGAGCACUCUUCGCCUGGUGUGUGGGUGCCACAGCUCUGCAGAAAGCCUGAUCUGAGCACAGUCUUGGGCCAAAGCCGGAUCGGUUUCGUGCUUGGCGGCUCCUGUUUUAAACUAUAUGGCGAAGGGAUGGAAACACACAACCGAGAAAAACCGUUUGUUUUUUUUUUUUUUCUUUCCUCUCUGAAAACAAGAGCAGUUAUGUGCCCUGGUUUCAUAUUAACAUCGUCAUGAUUUCUAAAUAACAACGGUUUCUGCAGCAGGGCAAAGCCAGGCACGGGGCAGCUCAUGUGAACAGGCUUUCAUCUCCCGGAGCAUCUCAUUGCUCAUCAGAAACCUCAGCCUGAGAUUCUAGUGGGCUGGAUGCUUCACCUCCCCCCAAACAAUUGUUUAAAAACCCUAAACCAGGAGAGGAAGGUUUUAAUUAAAAAGAAGCAAGCAUGGAUCUUUCGAGCACUCUGUAACACAGUGCUGGCUCUCAGGGGCCUGGCUGGUCAGCUGCUGGCCCCCACCUCCCAUUCCUGCUCAGAUGCUUGGACACCUGCCCUGGGAAGCAGGUCCCACAAGGAGUGCACUACAUUCAAGAAAAAGUUAAAAGAGUUUCUGGAGAUAAGCUGAUAGUCCCAGGACUCAGUGCCAGAACCAGGGGUGUGCUGUGUCCUAGGACUAUCAGCUUGUCUCCAGAAACUCUAACUUUUUCUUGAAUGUAGAGUUUUACUAUUUGAUCCCAUGUAAUUUUUGUUUUUGAGGGAAUACUAUUACCGUAAGAGCACAUUAAUGAAUAGAGCACUUUCUCGCAAAGGAGGGAAACCAGAUGUUUUUAAUCCCUCCUAGCUGCCCCAGAAGGCUUCCCCCAAAGAGCCUCAGGUCCCUGGGUGGCACCAUGAUGACUGGGGCUGGGCACUCUGGAUGCCAAAGCCAGCACUGAGUGGGUGCAAACCCUUGCUGCCCAGGAGCACCACUGUGUAUACUGAGUUGGACCCCUUUCACUUCAUCCCCACUUCACAGAUAAGAAACUGAGGCUGACUGGGCUAAGAUGCUCACCCUUGUCAGAACUAAAAGUGGCAGAGGCUGCUGUAGCCCCAGAACCUUAGGGACAUCUCGGGACCUUCAGAAAUGUACCCCAGAAGUGGUGUCAGAGAGGAUGGUUUUAGAACUGAGUUUGGUGAUGUUGGGGGAGUCUCUUUGGAUGGCAGGCAUGGCAGAGGCUGACUGGUGGGGAAGGAAAGCAGGUGUCUGGGAGCUCGAUGCAGCUGGAGGUAAGACAGGAAAAGCUGACCUGAAAACUGGCACAUUCCAGAGGUUCAUCCAGUGAGGCCUGGAGCUGAACCGGAGAGGCCUCUGGUUUCUAGUGGUAUAUUCUCCCACACUGGCAGACUUUUUUAGGAGAAGCCAGCCUCUGAGGGCCACACCUCCAACUACUCUCACUCAGGCUACAAUUCCUCCGACCUGAAACCCCUCCUUCACGUCCCUGUCUUGCUAGCCCUAGAAGCAUUCUCAACAAGAGCCCAGCAAAGCCCAGCCUGCCUCUUGGAGCCACCAGCUCCAAAGGGCUUCCGCUAGAGCGGAAGCUGGGGAUGAAUGUAAACCCCCAGGACUGCAAAGUGGGGUUUGCCUGGUACGCGGCCUCUAGACCCUCACAUUAGAGUGUCUAACUCCACAGCAUGGUGAAACUAAACCUUUUCAUUGCAAAUAACUACCACUCCAUUAUUUUUGUUACUUAAUGGUAUAUUUUUCUGCUUAGCCAUGAAUUUUUUUUUUUCCUUUUACUCAGUGUGUCAGUAAAUAUCGCCAUCUUAAAACAAGUCACUUCAAAACAUGCCUGCAUGGGACAUUUUAAAGAUGACAAUAACUUUUAGCUGCAGUGGGAAUGGAGGGGAAGGACUAAUCCAGUGGUUGGUUGGUUUGUUUUUUGUUCUGUCUUUGGGAUGAGUGAGAGUGAAACCAAGGUCCAUCCUGGCUCUCCAAGGCCACGCCAUGAACUUACUCCAGCUCUUUCCGAAGAGGGAAAGGGUUGCUCAGAGAGCGUGAGCUGGGACCUCCUCUGUCAGGACUCUGUUCUGUCCAUGGUCAGUAACCUGUAUUUCUCUCUCUCUCUCUCUCUCUCUCUCUCUUUUUCUCCUCA